CAAAAUCAAUGAACCAGUGGCGACCAUAUAACGAAAUAACGUUAGGUAUAGACGUGUUUGAAAUUUGGGGAGCAUUGGCUGCCAUUCCCUUUUUUUUUUUUUUUUCUUUUUUUGUAUAUAUAUAAUCGACAUAGAUUCCGUUCUUCAAUAAAGUGCAUUGUGUCUGUAUUUCAGUAUAGCCCAAUGGUAAUAUACAAUUGAGGCCGUCUGUUAUUGGGAAUUUUCCUGUUAUCACACACAAUAAAACGUUGUUCCUCCUGAUAGUAGAAUAUCAGAUAGUUAAGGCACUCGCGCUGACUCUUCAGGGCAGAAGAGGAAAUCUCUGUAGCACGCCAAAAGCCGCCCGAACACUGACCAUUUCCUGCCAGCGUCUGUGCUUAUGAAGAUCCACCGGAUAUAAUUAAACACAAAGGUGUAAAUCAAAGCAAGGUGAUCAAAAGACAACGUGAUGAGAUACCUAGUAACUAUUUAAUGAUUAAUUCAGGGUAUCAUGAACAAAACUGCCCAUAAUGGGUUGUUUGCUUUCCCGCGAAAAACCUCCAAUUGAUUCCCGGAAAACGAACACGUUGGAAAUAGAGAUACAGUCCCACAAUAACGGAAUGGGCGACCCGGAAUUCACGGAGGUACAGAAACAGUUGGUGAAAACCACGUGGGAUGUUGUCAGGGAUGAUAUUUCUAAAGUCGGAGUUAUUACUUUCCUCAGAUUGUUUGAAAAAUGCCCUGAUGUGCAGGACCUGUUUGUGCCUUUCCGAGGACUUACCUCGGAGGAACUACGUCAUAAUGUGGGGCUUAGAGAGCACGGACUCCGAGUCAUGGGAACAAUAGAAAAAUGCAUCACCCGACUCGACAAACCUGAAAAGUUAAUCGCCAUGCUGGAGACGCUGGGAGAAAAGCACAUCAUGUUCGAUACAAAAGCAGAAUAUUUCGACUUAUUAUCCCCUCAGUUGAUACAGGCCAUAAAGCCCGCGAUCGGUGACCAAUGGACUCCAGCUGUUGAACAAGCGUGGAUCAACUUUUUGUUGUAUAUCACGGGAAUCAUGAAGAACGCAAUGUUACAAGCAACUUGAUUGGAUGUGUUUGUGUCUUAAACUUUUUACAUACACGUAGUGUUAGUUUACUGUUUGGGCUGUUAAAACUUCUACAAAACAAUACUUAUUGUAUGAAUUGUGUGUCUGGAGGGAAUAUUCAUUACAAUUAUAAAAGCAUAUUAUCAUUGUC